GAGUCAAGGCAGGUGACCGAAUACUUUUGGUAAUAUAGUGUAGAUUAAGAUGAAUUUCUAUACAUUUAUACAAGAUACAAGUUUAAGUACAGAUUUUUAAUUGCAAAGGGUCUCGUUUAUCAGUCUUUUAUUAAAGUCAUGUGUUAAUGUUUUUGUGGCCCAACCAAACCAAAAUUCACAUCAGAUUUACAAAACGUUCUUUAUACUCACUUGCAUAUGAUAAUAAAUUCCAAUCAACUGUAAAUUACCAAGUGGGUUCACAGUACAGCUCAUUUACAUUUAGCCAUGCCCCCAAACUCCAUAAAAGGCAAAGCUCACAGAGAGCUAAAAAUUACAAAAUGAUGACUAAAUGGUGAAAAGGCGCCUCUGAAACACAACACGCAUUGACUCUUCCUCCUUUUAUAGGGUGCCAUUACUUUUGAAAUGUCCAAUUUCAUCAAUAAUUUAAACAAAAAUGCAAUUUCAUCAUGUAACAGGAGAAUACCUCAAUGGAGGAAAUGGAAAGAAAGGAAAAGCCAGGAAGGGUAAGGAGGAAAUUUUUUUUAAAAGGAAAGAAUGGAAGCAAGCAAAAGGUAAGGAAGAAUUUAAGGAAGGGAACAAAAGAAAAUAUGAAGGAAAAUGAAUAGAAAGGAAAAUGAAGACAUGGAAGGAAAAGACUGAUGGAAAGAAGGACCUGAGGGUAACAAUGAAGAAGAUAAAGUAAUUUGAAUAAAGGUGAAGAUAAAAGAAAGGAAAAAAAUAAUGAAGGAAGAAUGAAAAUGACCAAAAUACAAUUUUUUUUUUUUUUUAAAACAACCCUCUCUUCUAGAGAUUACCUAUACACUAAAAAUGACUGACGUGGUGUUUGCGGCCUAGUGACGGGAAUUCCGGCUCUUUUCGAUGAGUCAGGUCAUUUGGCUCAGCUCACCAAAAAGAGUCGACUCUUUCGAAUCUCAAACAGCUCAUUAGCUUACUCAGGAGCAGGUUGGAACAGAAGAGUCGAGACAUGGAUGGUGAGUGGAAGCGUGUAGUAGUGCCGCUGCUCUGUGCUGCUGGUGUGAGUGUUUUCCUGCUGAAAUGGACAGAACAGCAGAAGGUGAAGCGGAAACUCCAGAGAGCCAGAGAGAAGAGAGAGAAGGAGCUCGGACAGGCAAAGAAAGCCGUGAGCUGCUUUAAGAUUCAGAAUGCUGGUGUUGAUUUGAGCUCCAUCGUGACUCUCCCACUGGCUGAGCUGAGUCAGCAGAUCAGAGGAGGAUCUCUGCAGCCUGACGCGGUACUCCACGCCUACAUGGAGAAGGCUUUGGAGGUGAACAAGAAACUGAACUGUGCUACUGCUGUCCUCACGGAGAGUCUAAAACAACUGGAAGACAUUGAAUCACACAAAGGCGGCCUUCUUUACGGCAUUCCCAUCAGCAUCAAGGACAAUGUGGAUUAUGAGGGCUACGACUCUUCCUGUGGCGUGUUGACUAAGCUGGAUGAUCCUGCCGUUAAGGACAGUGUGGUGGUCUCAGUACUGAAGAAGCAGGGUGCAAUCCCCUUCAUCAAAACCAACAUCCCACAGGGUCUCCUCAAUUACGAAUGUAGUAACCCCAUAUACGGGAGGACGGUGAACCCCUGCAACCUUGAGAAGACGUGCGGCGGCUCUUCAGGAGGCGAGGGGGCUCUGAUCGCCGGAGGAGGAUCUAUUCUGGGUCUGGGAACCGACAUCGGAGGAAGCAUCCGCAUCCCAGCAGCCUUCUGUGGCAUCUGCGGCUUAAAACCCACAAACAACAGGAUAAGCUUGCAGGGACUCUCUUCAUGUGUAAAAGGUGUGAAGACAGCCAUGUCGGCCGUUGGUCCCCUGGCCCGUGAUGUGGAGAGUCUGGCUCUGUGUAUGAGAGCUUUACUCUGUACAGACAUGUUCACUCUGGACCCUACGGUUCCUCCGAUACCAUUCAACCAGCAGGUGUACGAAAGCUCUGAGCCCCUGAGGAUCGGAUACUAUGAGAACGACGGGUACCAUCAGCCGUCUCCGAGCAUGAGCAGAGCUCUACGAGAGACCAAAGAGCUCCUGGAAAAAGCAGGACACACGCUAAUUCCAUUCAAUCCUCCUCGCAUAUUCACCGCCUUCCAUGAGUUUGUCGCGAGGGGAGGCCUUGCAGACGGAGCCGUCACCCUUCUAAAUCACUUUAAGGAAGGCCCUGUCGAUCCGGGUCUGCAGCAUCAGGUCUCACACUGGGGUCUUCCCAAGUUUAUGAAGAAGAUGAUCUCUCUGCUUCUUAGACCUAUUUAUCCACGCAUGGCUGCAGUUAUACACGCCACCUGUGGAGUCAGCUCUCCUGCAGAUCUCUGGAAACAGCACAAAGAGGUUGAGGAUUAUAUCCAUGAGACGCUAGCUGAGUGGAGGAAGCUGGAGCUGGAUGUUCUGCUCUGCCCCAUGCUGGGACCAGCCUACAGCUUCAACUACACUGGAAAACUAAACAGCGCUCUGAGUUACACCGCUCUGUACAACGUUCUCAACUUCCCUGUUGGAGUCGUUCCUGUCACCGAGGUCACGGCCGAGGAUGAAGAUGAGCUGAAACACUACAGAGGGAACUUUGGAGACGUCUGGGACAAGAUCUUUGUCAAGGCCAUACGAGGCGGUGUGGGUCUGCCGAUAGCAGUGCAGUGUGUGGCUCUGCCCUGGCAGGAAGAGAUGUGUUUACGCCUAAUGAGAGAAGUGGAAGAGCUCUGUGCCAAGAACAAACGCUCUAACACACACCACUAAACACACACACUCACACAUCUGUAUCACACAGAUUAAUAGUUCAAACGGACGUCACAUCAUGAAAACAGUCAUACCAGUCGAAUCACUUUCUUCCUCAGCAUGCAGUUUGACAUCACUGUACUCAAGAUUCAGACUCAGAUAUGGGCGUGGCCUAAGGUUUGAAGGCGGAGUUGUGUGUUAGUGAUUCAGCUGAUGACAAAAUUCUUAUUUGAAUUGUAUGAUUACAUUUUAAUACAGACUUAUUAUACAGACUUACUGUAUAAACGGUGCUCCUGAGAUGAUAUGAACCACUCUAACGCGAGUGUGUGUGUGUUCUGAAAUAAGAGGAACAUAGUUAAUCAUGCUAAUAACAAAAAAAUUUAUAAAGAUUCUAAACUUUUUUUUGCUAGUCACAUUUUAAUUUUUCUUUUCUAUUUUGUAAGAUAAUGUCUAAAUAAUGUUUUAUGAUGCAAGUGAGCAAUUGAGCUUUAUGUGCCUCUGCCACCAUUUGCUGGUUUGCUCAUGAACACUAUGCAUCCACUUAUAAAUUCUGUCACAUGGGUGUGUUUAUAGGCAAACGGCUUCUUUUUAAACUUCUCUCAUUAGAUAGAGAAAGGUACUUCUGCAGACUGGAUUGGACAGCACUCUUCCAAGUGGGUGUGGUUAGAGGUGCUAAUGGGCGUGUCUACUACAUAAUAAAAUAAAUACUUAACGUGUUCUUCCCUUGGUGCUUUUCUAAGUGCUUGUAGUCCUUGUUAUAAUACAUAUACUUACAGACAUCAUUAGCGCUUAACCUCAAAUAUAAGAGACAAGGGUGAGCUAAGGGUGACUAUGAUUAGAGGAACCCAUCCUCCUUUGGGAGACACUGUGACUCACUGGAUCUUAUAUGGAAGAUAGUCUAACUUAUAUGGAAAAUAAAUUAGUAGCUAGCAAUAAAGACUAGCCAUUACUGCUCGUCGCAGCCAACAGUAAAGUAGGAGUAGAGCUUGUGGGCCUUGGUAUGGCUUGUAGUCCUUAAGAUAGCAGACAUAGGACCUUAUGGGCUUUAGGAUGGCAGUACUAGAACUUGUUGGAUCUCAGGAUGGCAGGAGUAGAGCUUGUCGGAUCUCAGGAUGGCAGGAGUAGAGCUUGUAGAUCUCAGGAUGUCAGGUCUCAGGAUGAAAGAGUAGAUCUUGAGAACCUACAGUGUAUAUGGCCUGCUUAGAGCUUGACAGCCUCAGGAUGGCAGGAGUAGAAGCUGGUGAGUUUUAGGAUUGCAGGAAUAGAGCUUUUUGGUCUCAGGAUGACAGGAGUAGAGCUUGUUGGGUCUCAGGAUGGCAGGAGUAGUAUUUGAUGGAUCUCAAGAUGGCAGGAGUAGAGCUUAUUGGGUCUCAGAAUGGCAGGACUAGAGCUUGUUGGGUUUCAGGAUGGUAGGAGUAGAGCUUUUGGGUCUCAGGAUGGCAGGAGGAGAGCUUGUAGAUCUCAGAAUGUCAGGAAUAGUGCUUGUGGGUCUCAGGAUGAAAGAGCAGAUCUUGAGAACCUACAGUAUAUAUGGUCUGCUUAGAGCCUGAGAGCCUCAGGAUGGCAGGAGUAGAAGCUUGUGGGUUUUAGGAUUGCAGGAAUAGAGCUUUUUGGUCUCAGGAUGACAAUAGUAGAGCUUUUUGGUCUCAGGAUAGCAGGAGUGGUACUUGAUGGAAAUCAGGAUGGCAGGAGUAGAGCUUGUUGGGUUUCAGGAUGGCAAGAGUAGAGCUUGUUGGGUCUCAGAAUAGCAGGAGUGGUACUUGAUGGAUCUCAGGAUGGCAGGAGUAGAGCUUGUUGGGUUUCAGGAUGGCAAGAGUAGAGCUUGUUGGGUCUCAGAAUAGCAGGAGUGGUACUUGAUGGAUCUCAGGAUGGCAGGAGUAGAGCUUACUGGGUUUUAUGAUGGCAGGAGUAGAGCUUGUUGGGUUUCAGGAUGACAGAUGUAGAGCUUGUGGACCUCAGGAUGGAAUGAGGAGGAGGUUUUGGUUUAAAGGUUGACAGAAGUUGAGCUUUUUGGGUCUUAAGAUGGCAUAUCGUCCUCAAGAUGGCAGAUGUCAAGCUUGUGUUUCUCUUGAUGGAACAAGCUUGUGUAAGUGCAGGAAUAAGAACUUGGAAUUUUGGGAAAGGCUCCAGAUUGACCUACCAGGAAGUGGGUGAGAAUAAAAAUAAUGGCACCAGCAUAACUAGACUUGAUGCUUUUUGACCCAGUUAACACAAUGUAUGCAUUGUUUCUGUAUUCCAAAGGAUCAUUGUUGUCGUUUGUUCUCAUGUUGUGUAAUGUUGCGUGGAAAUGUGUAGUGACAUUAAGAAACACAAUAGCAUCCUGUCAUUAAAUGGAAUGACACCUAGCCCCGAGUUUACCGGUUCAUUGGAAAACGCAGUUUGAGGAGGAUGUGGUAAAUAUUUCCUGUUAUUUUUUGCUCUCUCGUUUUCCCUUUGCUUCAUUUUUUUUGUACGUAGAAUGGUUUCUCUGUUUGAAAGGAACAUUUGAAGGUGCUGCAGAUGAACUUAAUGACACAUGACAUUUUCAUUUCUUCCUGCUCGUGAUGUAAAUAUGUGUUUUUGCUGGGCUUUACAUACAUUUAAAUGUUUUAACUUCUUCAAUGGAAGCCCAUAAAAGAAUACGUGCUUUCAUUCAGCCUCA